CCAUGAUUCAGAAAAACCUUUGCUACACAACAGAGAGAGAGAUUCGCAGAAGACCUAAAUUUGUCUCCCAGACAGAGAUGGAAAAGACAAGAGCAAGGGGCUUUAAACAUAAAGAAGAGUUUAAGGGCAUUCCAGCUCACUGGGACAAAUCUGCCCUGCCUGAACUGGGAUUCAAGCUGAUUGAGCUUGACAGUUCUUCCGAAGAAUACAAGAAAGUCAAGGUGAACUUCCAACGCACAAUGCCCAAAACACUGAUUAAAAGGAUUCGUAGAGUUCAGAACCCAUCUCUCUGGGAACUGUAUCAAUGGCAGAAGGAACAAAUGCAGAAGGGCAAUGGUGGAGAGACUGUGGAUGAGCGACUUUUAUUUCAUGGGACCAGUGAAAAAUACAUUGAUGCCAUCUGUCUGCAAAACUUCGACUGGAGGAUAUGUGGCCUUCAUGGGACAGUCUACGGCAAAGGAAGCUAUUUUGCAAGGGAUGCAUCUUACUCUGACAACUACUGCAGCGAAGACUCAUACACCAAGACCAUGUUUCUGGCACGGGUACUGGUGGGGGAGUUCACUCUUGGUAGAUCUUCUUAUGUUCGGCCUCCCUUGAAGGACAACCAAAACUUCUACGACAGUUGUGUGAAUAGCUCUUCAAACCCUUCUAUCUUUGUCAUCUUUGAGAAGCAGCAGAUUUAUCCAGAAUAUCUCAUAGAAUACAUUGACCAGGCAUUGGCAAAAAUGCUAUAGCAGCAAAACCUGUCAUCAUUAUGUUUAGCUGGUAUAAAUAUUUUUUUUUUAGUAUUG